CACUCCUUUGGCGGCGGAUUCAAACGUUCGGGCUGGGGUAUCGGGCCUGAAGGAGUGUCCCAGCGGCUGGGUGCUUCCUGCUGUCCGUUCGGGUGUGAAUUUCAGUGCGGUGCCAGGAGGAUCUUGGUAGCGAAGGCGGCUAGUGCCUGAGGGAGAGAAUGGCGCCCUCGACCACAGUCUCCCAGAGAAAGAAGAUAAAACGGAAGGCUCCCCGGGGCUUUCUUAAGCGCGUCUUCAAGCGACAGAAGCCUCACCUUCGUCUAGAGACAAGUGGCGACUUACUGGUGCACCUGAAUUGUUUACUGUUUGUUCAGCGUUUAGCAGAAGAGUCCAGGAUGAGUGCUUUUGAGAAUAAGUGUGGAGUCAUUAAAAAGGAGCAUGUACAGGCUGCAGCAAAGGUAAUUCUAAAGAAGAGCAGAGGUUAGAAGUCAAAGAACCAUUUUUGAAAAUUAUAUGAUGUAUUAUUUUAGGUGGUAACAGAUCUUGAAAGCACUUUUUAUAUAUCAGCUAAAUUGUAUAUUAAAAUAUUGGCUAGUUGUGGA